CUGGUUUAUUCUCUUCUCUAUGUUCUUCGAGCUUGAGACUUCUUGUGUGGGGCCGAAUUUAUUUAUAAUACUGAAAUGUAACAAAGGUAAUUUUGUCACCACCGAAGGGUAUGAGAUUCUCGUGGCCUACGACGUUUGUCUCUAGCGUGAGGAACCACGGGAAGCUUCGGGUUGUACUCGUACUGAUUCGUGUUAAUUCGUAUCUCAAAAUGUCAGCUUACAGUUGUACACUGGGCAUUACCUUAUAAAUUUGUCUUAUUGUGAAAAGAGACAAUUUAAACUUUAAUAAUGUCUGCAAAUUAUUAUUUUGCUAUUAUCGGACAUGCGGAUAAUCCUUUGUUUGAGAUUGAAUUUAAUAAUUCUAAUAAAGAUACUAAGAAAGAGGACCAUGCACAUUUAAGUCAAUUUAUUGCUCAUGCCGCAUUAGAUUUAGUUGAUGAACAUAUGUGGAAAACUACAAAUAUGCAUUUGAAAGUUGUGGAUAAAUUUAAUCAAUGGUUUGUAAGUGCUUUUGUUACUGCUACUCACAUUCGCUUCGUAAUGGUUCAUGACAGCAAGAACGAAGAUGGUAUAAAGAAUUUCUUUAAUGAAAUGUAUGAAACAUAUAUCAAGUAUUCCAUGAAUCCCUUUUAUAAGAUAAAUACACCCAUCAAAUCAGUUGGUUUCGAGAAAAAAGCUCAAUUGUAUGGUAGAAAAUAUUUAUCUUCAUAAAAAAUUGAAAAGCAGGAUUUCAACGAAGAAUAUAAUUAUUAUAAAUGAUUGCAAUUAUUAGAUUAAAAUUAUACUGUUAAUGUGUAAGUUUAUUGUAGUAAGAUAUUUAUAUAUAGAUAUUGAUAUUUAUUAAGUC